CCUGUCUUCUCGAUUUUAAUUAAAACAAUUAGGCAUUUAGGCUCUCUCUCACACACCCAUAGUCGUCUUCCUCGAUCAGUCUCUCUCUCAAAUUGCAAAGGUUUCUUCGAGGACUUUGGCAUACUGCAGGUUUGUCCCGAUCUCAUGCUACAUCAUUAUACGAAGCCAUUACUUAACCCAGUAGAUUGAUAGCUCAAAUUAUCAUUGCAAGAAAUGACCGGAUUUAGUGAUAUUGUACAGUUUUCUGAUUCGGAAUUUUAAAUAAAAAUCGGUCGUGACGAUUUAGGUUGUUGGAGCUGUAGUGCUUAAAAACCCUACCUUUAUACUGUUUAGAGCAGCAGUCCCUCCAUGUCAGGUCUUGUGGCGUUAUGCAGAGCUCGAGCUUCUGCUUCGUCUUCUUUAUUCAACAGCGUUAUUCGUCCAGCAUUUCGCAAUUUCUCUACAGGUUUUGCUGAUACACAGAACAAAUCAUUGGUAGCACAAAUGAAAGAAGAGAUGCUCCACAUGGACAUCAACUCAAUGAUAGGAAGUUCCAUGCCACUAGGUAUGAUGCGUAUCGGAACAAUCAUCCACAACAUCGAGAUGAACCCAGGGCAAGGCGCAAAGAUGGUCCGAGCUGCAGGAACCAACGCCAAGAUCCUAAAGGAGCCUGCUAAAGGGAAAUGCUUGAUAAAGCUUCCGUCAGGGGACACCAAGUGGAUCAAUGCCAAAUGUCGUGCUACGAUUGGCACAGUGUCGAACCCGUCUCAUGGAACGAAGAAGCUAUAUAAAGCAGGACAGAGUAGGUGGUUAGGGAUAAGGCCCAAAGUUAGAGGAGUGGCGAUGAAUCCGUGUGAUCAUCCACACGGUGGAGGUGAAGGAAAAAGCAAAAGUAGUGGAAGCAGAGGAAGGACAUCGGUUAGUCCGUGGGGAAAACCGUGUAAAGGCGGUUACAAAUCAGCUAGUGUCAAGAAGAAGAAGAAGCGUUUGGCAGAAGCAGCAGCCAAAAUGUGAUAUGGGUGAACAAGUUUCGAUUUUCUUCAAACGUUUCUUUCUUUUAAAAAGCCUCCAAUGUUAUUUGGUUACGUUAUUGAAUCUGUUUUUUGAGAGUUUUUUAGGCUUCAUGAAACUAGAAGAUCUUUGAUCAGUUGAGAAUAAAUAUGGUUACGUGUUUACUUUUAUUAAAAAAAAAAAAUCGAAUUCAAACGUUUUCAUCAUAACAACGUUUAAAACAAUAAAAAAAAUCACAAACGG